AGCUCACAACACCCAACUCCUUAACAUCUCAACAACGGCAAAGAAAGAUGCUCAAAGAAGGCAGUGGCAAUGGUGUCGCCGGUAAUAAUAGCUGGGCACGUAUCUGUGACACGUGCCGCUCUGCUCCCUGCACUGUAUACUGUCGCGCCGACAUGGCUUACCUCUGCACCAGCUGCGACGCCCGCAUCCACGCCGCCAACUGCGUCGCCUCCCGCCACGAGCGCGUGUGGGUCUGCGAGGCCUGUGAACGCGCCCCCGCUGAGUUUCUCUGCAAAGCCGACGCCGCCUCGCUCUGCUCCGCCUGCGACGCUGACAUCCACUCUGCUAACCCCCUCGCCAGCCGUCACCACCGCGUCCCCAUUCUCCCCAUCUACGGAUCUCCUUCCGCGGGGUCUGCUCCUGACGGGGAGGCUGGUUUUCUAUCUCAAGAAGGUGAGGAGGCGGAGGAGGAGAUUGUUGAUGAAGAGGAUGAAGACGAGGCUGCCUCAUGGUUGUUGCUGAAUCCUGUGAAGAACAAUAAAAACACCAACGAUUCCAACCCCAACAACAACAAUCAGAGCAAUGGAUUUUUGUUCGGUACUGGGGAGGUUGAUGAGUAUUUGGACCUCAUGGAUUGCAAUUCAUGUGCUGAAAACCAGUUGACCGAUCAUUACAAUCAGCGACAACAUUAUGGUGUUCCUCAGAAGAGCUACGCCGGUGACAGCGUCGUUCCGGUUCAGCUGCAGCAGCAGCAGCAUUUUCAGUUGGGUUUGGACUUUGAUUCCUCAAAAGCUGCUUACAGUACUUUCAACGGUUCUGCUGCUCAAAAUGUUUCGGUUUCGUCAAUGGAUGUUGGCAUUGUACCUGAAUCAACCAUAACCGAUGGCUCGAUUUCCCAUUCAAGACCUCCGAAAGGGACAAUUGACCUAUUUUCGGGGCCAUCAAUUCGGAUGCCUUCCCAGCUUAGUCCGAUGGACAGGGAGGCUAGGGUGUUAAGAUACAGGGAGAAGAAGAAGACAAGAAAGUUUGAGAAGACAAUAAGGUAUGCCUCUAGGAAGGCUUACGCAGAGACCAGACCUCGUGUCAAAGGUCGAUUUGCAAAGAGAACAGAGGUGGAAGCUGAAGUGGACCGGAUGUUCUCUACUCCUCUAAUGACGGAGACUGGAUAUGGCAUUGUUCCUUCCUUCUGAUCGAUCAUGCGCUGCUGCAUGUGUCGUACAAGACUCAGAUUAGAAACCUCGACAACUUUAUGCAUUAAUGCCGUUAUUAAUGUCCUGUCUAUCUAUUUUUUUUAUAUAUGUAACAAAAUAAUUUAAUGAUUAGUUUGCAUGUGUACGUUUUAUAGAAUUCUUGGUGACUUUUUGGAUGAUGGUGCCAUUUGUAAAUACAAUCCUUCCAUCAAGUCAAUAUAUUGCGUCCAAUAUUUUGAAAA